AAAGCACCCUAAAAAACCCCAAGUGGGCACUUCCCCUAGGGAGGGAAGAACAGCUGACUUUUUUGAAAUUUGGGUUGGUCCUCAUUUCCGUGGGCGAAGUUUCCCUGCAAAAUUUAUUUUCAGGCCUAGAUCCGUGAUAAACAGAAUGCUAAAGCACUGAGCUUAACUAAGUAGUGGCUUUUGUUGACAAGUCGAUUGUGUUAUUAAUUCUUAAUGUCUCAUCCAAGGCAGGAAUCGUUACCUCAGUUUUGCAGGUGGGAAAAAGUUUGGCACAAAAAAUCAAUUCCCUUAAAUUCGCACGGAAGCAACGGCUGAGCCGCAAAUUAAGUCUUAGCAUUCUGCUACCUCAGCUACGUCCUCCUCUAGACCAUGUUACAACACAAAUGAGUAGUUACUUUGAUGUUACUCAUAAAACCAGGGAGUAAACCAAAUGUUCUGUGAACAUGAAGUGUUAAAUCAUAGUAACUAACCUAUGUCUGUUCUGCUUUGGGAGGCUCAGCUUCCCUUUGGAGUUUGAUACUUUGCAGAGAGGAGGGGGUGGAGCAAAGAAAGAAAAAAAUGGGAAGUCAUGUCAAGGGAAAAAUUUUGUCUCCACAGAGUCCAAACGGUGCCCAUCUUUACUGCCCUUUUGUGCUGAUGUCAUUCUUUUCCGUGUACUCCGUGUUCUGGCAAAACACCGACGAUUCACGUCGUCCUCGCGGCCUCAGACGCAUUAAUACACCUUUGAGCUCCUCUUCUGGCCCUGACCUCCCUGUCAGUCUUGUCAUGCUCUUUCCUCCAGUUGGACAGAUAAGAAUCACAAGAAAAGCAGAUGGCAUCCGGGGAUUUCUGCUCAUCUGGAGAAGGGAUGGAAAUACUCCAACAAGCAAACAGCUUCCUCCUUGUAACCUGAGUGAAGAGGACCUAUUACAGAACCCACACUUCAGCAAACUGCUGCUGAGUCUCUCGCAACACAUGGACGAGAGUGGCUUAAGCCUCACACUGGCAAAGGAGCAGGCUCAGGCGUGGAAGGAAGUUCGAUUGCAUAAGACAACGUGGUUAAGGUCUGAAAUUUUACAGAGAGUCAUUCAAGAGCUGCUUGUGGACUACUAUGUGAAGACACAAGACAGAAAUUUAACUUCUGAGGACAAAAAGUUUCAUGAGACCCUUGAACAGCGGCUGCUCGUGACUGAGCUGACACAGCUCUUAGGUCCCAGCCAGGAGAGGGAGGUGCCCCCACUGCUUGGGCUGGAGAAGGUGGACCUUCUGGAGCUCAUGCCACCCUCAGAGGAUUUUGUGUGGAUGAGAGCCCGGCUCCUGCUUGAAGUGGAGGAGCAGCUCAAGAAGAAAUGUUUCACUCUGCUCUGCUACCACAAUCCCAGUUCAGAUUCAGACAGUGAAACCCUGAAGGCAGCAAAGGUAUGGAACCUCGCAGAGGUCCUGGUGGGUGAGAAGCAGCGGUGCCAGGAUGCCAAGAGCCAGCAGAAGGAGCAGAUGGUGCUCCUGGACAAGAAGAGUGCCACCUACUCCCAGGUGCUUCUCCGCUGCCUGGCCUUGCUGCAGAGGCUUCUUCAGGAGCACCGGCUGAAGACUCAGUCUGAGCUGGACCGUAUCAAUGCCCAGUACCUGGAGGUCAAGUGCAGCGCCAUGAUCCUUAAGCUGCGGAUGGAAGAGCUAAAGAUUUUGUCUGACACUUACACUGAUGAGAAAGUGGAAGUUCAUCGUCUCAUUAGGGACCGUUUGGAGGGGGCCAUUCACCUACAAGAGCAGGACAUGGAGAAGUCCCGACAGGUCCUGAACACCUAUGAGGUCCUCGGGGAGGAGUUUGACAGGCUGGUGAAAGAGUACACCCAACUCAAGCAAGAAACUGAGAACAAGCGCUGGGCCCUCCGGGAGUUCAACAAGGCCUGCAGCUGAGUGUGGGCGGGGCCAGGAGGCUCAGCUUCUGCACAGGGGCUGCCUCCUCCUCUUCCUGCUGAAAGGGCCACCUCCACCUGAGCCCACCUUCACUCAAGGGAGCGUGGGGACACUUGCUCAAAACACUGCAGUCCUUUGGGCACCCUCCUGGUUUUUCUUCCUUGUUUACAAUGAGAGUCUCUUCUAGCAAAUGUAACAGAUUUGUAUAAUUUUCUGUACAGCUAUUUGUCAGUGUCAGCCUUAUAUCAUACUUGAUUAUCUCCUGAAUAAAGUGAUAAUGUUGU